AGGCGGAUUCCACGAAGAUCUCGGUUUUGCACCCGCAGUAUCCUUCUUUGCAAAGAUUCCAAGUCACGGUAUGACCGGCGUGCUCUCAUCCAUCGCCAAGGCCGUCAAGCCCAACGGCACUGCGUCCCACGCCAAUGACAGGCCUUCACCCACGGGCUCCAAUCCCGCGUCCACGCCAGUGGAGCAGGUCAAGCGGGCCGUGAAUGGUCACGCUGCGCACUCUGAGCGGGACAGGCUCCUCGCCCAGCUUUCGAGCGAGGAGAAGAUUGCCCUGCUCAGCGGGGACGACAUGUGGCAUACUGUCGCUGUGCCGAGGCUGGACAUCCCUCGCGUUCGAUGCAGUGACGGGCCCAACGGUGUCCGCGGCACAGCGUGGACCAACGGCGCCCCGGCAUCGUGCUUCCCCUGCGCCACGGCCCUCGGCGCGUCAUUCGACGUGGAGCUCGCACAUCGUGUUGGCGUGGCUCUUGGGGAGGAGUGCAGGGCGAGGGGCGUGCACUGCCUGUUGGGCCCGACGACCAACAUCCAGAGGCACCCCUGCGGCGGCCGAGGCUUCGAAAGCUACAGCGAGGACCCCCUCCUGUCCGGACACCUCGCCAAGGCGUGGGUCGAGGGUGUCCAGUCAUGCAAAGUCAUGGCCACGCCCAAGCACUUUCUCGCCAACGAGCAAGAACACAUGCGCCGGAGCAACAACAGCGUGAUCGACGAGCGGACCAUGCACGAGAUCUACCUCGAGCCGUUCCGGCACCAGAUGAAGGCGGAUCCAAAGGUAUUUAUGUCGAGCUACAACCGAGUCAACGGGGUGCACGCCGCCGAGCACCCUCACCUGCUCCGAAAGAUCCUCCGCGGAGACUGGGGGUUCAAGGGAUUGAUCAUGUCCGACUGGUCCGGCACCUACUCUUCCAGCGAGGCCGUCAAGGCCGGGUUGGACCUCGAGAUGCCCGGUCCGGCAUUCAUGCGCGGUGUCUGCGUCGAGAGGGACAUUGUCUCGGGGAAACUCACCCCGGGGGACGUGGACGACUGUGUGGGCAGAGUGCUCGACUAUGUCCAGAACGCCAAAGAGUCCGGAAUCGCCUUUGAGACAGACGAGAAGAGUCUUGACACGCCCGAAGUCCGCGCGCUCCUCCGCGAGGCGGCAGACGCCGGUGUGGUGCUCCUCAAGAACUCGGCGGGUGUCCUUCCUCUCGUGUCGAAGCAGGGCAUGAAGAUCGCUGUGAUUGGACCCAACGCAAAGUCCCCAGCCUACUCUGGCGGCGGGAGCGCGAACCUCGCCCCGACGUAUACGGUGACUCCCUAUGACGCUGUACUCAAGGUCGCCAACGAGGUCGGAGCCACUGUCGAGUGUCUCAAAGCCGCCGAUACCGAGAGAUGGCUUCCGCUCCUGACGCCGUACAUCACUCUUCCCGGAAAGAAGGUCGGCGCGGAGCCAGGAGUCAUGUCCCACUUCUACGACAAGAAACCGGACGUCGGGGCGGUAUCCGCAUCGGAGGUCGACCGAAACGCGACCCUGUGGCGGAGAUCGAGAAGGCCGUCAAGCUGGCCCGGGAUCACCGUGCUCACUAUUGGUACCAACUCGGAAUGGGAGUCGGAGGGAUACGACCGAAGCGACAUCAAGCUCCCGCGGAACACGGACGACCUGGUCCGCGCCGUCCUCGCUGUGAACCCAAACACCAUCAUUGUCAACCAGUCGGGCAUGCCGGUCGAGCUCCCCUGGAUCUCCGAGGCGACGACUCUGGUGCAAGCGUUCUUUGGGGGCAACGAGUGCGGCACGGCCAUUGCGGACGUGAUCUUUGGGCGGAUCAACCCGUCGGGAAAGCUUCCCGUGACCUGGCCGGUCCGACUUGAGGAUUUCCCCAGCCACGAAGGGUUUGGCGACAACAAGACGACGGUGUACGCCGAGGGCCUCGGCGUGGGGUACAGGCACUUUGAUCGUCCGGGCAAGGUCAGGAGCGCUUUCCCAUUCGGAUACGGUCUGAGCUACACAACGUUUGCGUACAGAGACCUCGAGGUGGUGAACGCCGGCUUCGGCGCCGAGGUCAGCUUCACAGUGACCAACACCGGCGGGGUGGCCGGUGCGGAUGCCGCCCAGGUAUACGUGCACGAGGUGGCUCCCCGUGUAGACCGACCGGAGAUCGAGCUUGGCGGGUUCACAAAGGUGUUCCUUGGUCCCGGGGAGUCGAAGCGGGUCCUCGUGGCGCUUGACCACAAGGCCUUCUCGUACUACUCGGUACAGGAGCACGCGUGGGUGAGCGAGUCCGGCGCGUAUGAGAUCCGCAUCGGCACCUCGUCGACCAACAUCGUCCUCGCCAAGCCGGUCGAGAAGCGGGGGUCGUUCAAGUGGAUCGGGCUGGAGGAGCCGGUUCCGUGUGAGCUGUACCAC